AUGUACUCAAGCGUAACCCUUGGCCAUAGCCUAGCCAAGCGCCUCGUCGAGUACCCGUCCCAGGGCACGUCCCAGUGGGUGGAAGACAAUGUUUCGGCGGCCGCUUUGUUCAUCUUCGUUGUUGACUUUAUCCUCUUCGUCCCCGUCCUCGUCUUCAUCGCCUACACCCUCGGCUUUCUCUACCCCACCCUCGCCGCCGUAGAGGACCCUCUUCCCGCCUACGAUGCUCUCUCCAUGAACGAGGACGGCGCCCCAACCAAGGACGACGAUGACCGGAUUCGCACCGCCCAGCCCGGCAAGCCGAUCACGAGCUCGCUCCGCGCCAUAUACCGCCUGGUCCGCUCCCAGGGCAGUUGGCGCUCUAACCUCCGCGGUCUGGGCUACAAAGUGGUCGUGGGCCUUCUCGCGGGCUCUACCACCCUGUUCCUCUCUGCGGCGCCCUUCGUCUCGCCCUCCAUCGCUCAGCUCCUCGCCCUCCUCGCCGUGGCCCCUCUGUACACCGCCUGGACUCACUUCGUCGUCACGCCUCCCCACGCAAAGUCUUUCUUCUCCCGCAUCCCUCCCGUCCGCAAGGUCUACCUCGCGACCUGGUUCCCGACCUUCCUCUUCUGGGCUGCCAACCACGCCGCCGUCGUGCUCCCGAUGCUCCUCGCCAGCGUCAUCGGCCUGCAGUUGCCCGACCCGAACCAGCCGGCCGACAACCAGACCCCGAUGACCGGCUCUGACGCCGCCAAGGCCAUCUGUGUGCUUGGGGUGCACCUCGCGCUGACGGCGCUGCUGGUGACGCCCGCGCACGUCGCCCUCGCACGCGUGCAGGCCUCGCUGCUGCCCGCCGACGAGGACACGCUCGUGCCGUUUGACCGCUCGUUUGGCGGUCGCGUCGAGCCCGAGAUCGUCAGCGGCAAGGGCUUCGCCACGUUCGGCGCUGCCCUCAAGACGGUCAGCGUGCAGAGCUGGGUGCGCAUCUACUUGCUGGAUAUCAAGGUGGCGGCUGUUGCGGUCGCGGCAUACGCUGUGAUGGGCGCUGUGGUUGUGGGGCAGGUCCUCUUGUUUGGGUUGUGGGCGGGGUCCCAGUAA